CCACAGGGCAGCCAGGCGGGCCGAUCUCCGGGGUACAUCACACAACUUACCCCCUUCUCCUUAACCCUUUCCUCCACCUCCAGGAUCAGGCCGUCUCACCCCUCCGCGCCUUGUAAGAUGCGAUUCCUAAGCUGGUCGCUGUUCCUGGGCGUCCUGCUGUGCUGUGGCAUUCAUGGGGAUCCCACCAUCACCCCUCGGCUGAAGCUGUCCUAUCACGAUCUGUCCCUCCACGGCCUGCGGACCUACACCCACAACCGCUCCUGCUGCUACGACGCCCUCCUACUAGACGAGGAACGCGGUCGCCUCUUUGUGGGCGGGAAGAAUUACCUGUUGUCCCUGAGUCUGGAUGACAUCACCAGGAAUGAGCUCACGAUUCACUGGCCGGCACUUGUGGAAUGGCGGGAAGAAUGCAACUGGGCAGGAAAAGACAUCAAUGUGGAAUGUAUGAAUUAUGUGAAGAUCCUUCAGCUGUACAAUCGCACUCACCUGUUCACCUGCGGCACCGGAGCCUUCCACCCCACCUGCGGCUACUUGCACGUGGGACAACGCACGGACGACACGGUGUUUAGGCUGGACAUGGCGAGGCUGGAGGAUGGGAAAGGACGCUGUCCAUACGACCCCAAGCAUGCAGCGGCUUCAACGCUUAUUGGAGAUGAACUCUACUCCGGAGUCGCCACAGACCUCAUGGGACGGGACUUCACCAUCUUCCGCAGCCUGGGACGGCGCCCGCCCCUGCGCACUGAGCAGCACGAUUCCCGCUGGCUGAAUGAGCCGAAGUUCGUGAAAGUUUUCUGGAUCCCGGAAAGUGAGAACCAAGACGACGAUAAAAUCUACUUCUUCUUCCGGGAGACGCCCGUCGAGGGGCUCGGAGGCGUCAAACAGUCGUACGCCCGGAUCGGGCAGAUUUGUCGGAAUGAUGUGGGAGGUCAGCGCAGUUUAGUCAAUAAAUGGACAACAUUCCUGAAGGCGCGACUUGUCUGCAGCAUGCCGGGAACCGACGGAGGAGGGGACACUUAUUUUGAUGAGCUUCGUGAUGUUUUCCUGUUGCAGACCAGAGACAGAAGGAAUCCUCUCAUCUACGCUCUCUUCUCCACCUCCAGCUCGGUGUUCCGUGGCUCCGCGAUUUGCGUCUACACCAUGAAUGACGUCCGCAGAGCCUUCCUGGGGCCCUUUGCUCACAAGGAGGGGCCCAACUACCAGUGGGUGUCCUACAGGGUAGAGUGCCAUACCCCCGGCCUGGCAUGUGUCCCAGUAAAACAUUUGGAAGUUUUGAUUCCACCAAAAGCUUUCCGGAUGACGUCCUGCAGUUUGCCCGCAACCACCCGCUCAUGUUCAACCCAGUGGUGCCCGGAUCCGGAAGGCCAAUCUUCCUCCGCAGUCACAAUGGGGUCACCCUAACCCAGCUGACCGUAGACAGGGUGACGGCCGCUGAUGGAGAGUAUGACGUCAUGUUCAUUGGAACAGAUGUUGGCUCGGUGCUGAAGGUCAUAUCGGUGCCCAAACACAGCUGGCAUCACCGGGAGGAGCUGGUCCUGGAGGAGCUGCAAGUCUUCAAGAACGGCUCGGCGAUCACCAGCAUGCAGCUCUCAUCGAAGCGGCAACAACUAUACGUGGGCUCGGCGGUCGGCGUUUCCCAGGUGCCUCUGCAUCGUUGCGGUAUCUACGGGAAGGCCUGCGCAGAGUGCUGCCUGGCUCGGGAUCCCUACUGUGCCUGGGAUGGGAACAGCUGUACCCGGUACCUACCUAAUACAAAGAGGAGGUCUCGUCGGCAGGAUGUGAGAAAUGGUGACCCCAGCAGUCUGUGUUCAGGAGAGCAGCAGAGAGUGACUGUUCAGGAGAAGCGCCUGUUUGGAGUUGAGGGAAGUACAGCAUUCCUAGAGUGUCUCCCCAAAUCCCUGCGCGCCCGGGUCACAUGGACUCAUCAGAAGUCUCCAGAGACACCCAGGAAAGAGGUGCAGUUCGAUGAGCGUAUUAUCGGUACUGAUCGUGGGAUCCUACUGCGCACAGUGAUGAGGCGUGACGCCGGGACCUAUCUGUGCCACUCUUCAGAACACGGCUUCACGCAGGUCCUCCUUCAGCUUAACCUAGAAAUCAUUCCCACCUACCGAGCAGAGGAGACCCUUGGCCCCCAUCGCGUUCCACCGAUGAGGUGGUACCAGGACUUCAUGCGGCUUGUCCAACAGCCAGGCUCCAAAGGUGAGCAGAUGUGCGAGGAGCUGUGGGCCCGCAAAGGCCGGGCCACGCACCCACCAGGCCCCCAGGGAGCUCCUCAGGUACCGGCGGCAAAGGGCCCAGGCCGACCGAUGCCACCUCUAAGCAUAAAAGCGAAAGCCCAGAAAUGGAAACACCUGGAGGACAAGAUCAAAGUGCGAAAUCGCCGGACGCACGGGCACCAAAGGGCUGAACGGGGCCCUCGCAGCGCUUCAAGUUAG